AUGGCUUCACAUUCAGAGCCCCUGAAAUGGUCCGCUCAACUGGUGGUUGCCCCUCCAAACCGCCGGCUGGCGGGCGACAAGAUCACCUUGCCACCGUCGGCCCUCGAAGCACUUCUUGCCGCCGCACCUGUUGUAUCCAUCUCGGGUCGUGCAAACAGGAACCUCACCUCGUCCUUUGAUCCCUUUAACCCCUACUCUUUUGCCGCUGAGCGCCGUGCUCGCGCAGCCGUCCAAGACCAGCAACAGCAACAGCAACUUCCACAUCCCCUCACUUUCCGCAUCGUCAAUCCGCGCAAUGGAAGAGCCGUGUUUGCUGGUAUCCGGGAAUUCUCCGCCGCUGAGGGCACCAUGGGGCUGAGCAGCGGUCUGCAAGAAGCCCUGGGUUUGCAAAGUGCGGCGUCGUCUGCUUCCACAACACGAGAAGGCACUCCGAGCGAGGAUGUGAUCAUGACCAAUGGCACAGACUCGCCUCGGGGACCGGCGGUCACAAUCCAAGCGAAACAGUUGGAAAAAGGCACUUAUGUGAAACUGAGACCGCUGGAAGCAGGAUAUGACCCAGAAGAUUGGAAAUCGCUGCUCGAGCGCUAUCUGCGGGACAAUUUUACUACCCUGACCCGUGGGGAAUUGCUUGUUGUCCCGGGGGCCCGCCAUGAAAAGUUCCGUUUCUUGGUGGAUAAGUUCGAACCGGACGAGGAGGGCGUGUGCAUUGUCGACACAGACCUUGAAGUGGAUAUUGAGCCAUUGAACGAAGAGCAAGCCCGUGAGACGUUGAACAAACAGCUGGCAAAGAAGAGACCGGUGCAGGAGUCACACGAAGGCAGUUCCAUCGGAGGAUUGUUGGGUGUAGGAGCCGAAUUACAGGGCAAGGUCCUGCCAGGACAGUACGUGGAUUAUAAGCUGAAGGAUUGGGAUCGAACCCAAGAUCUGGUGGUGACGUUGCAGGCCGCGGAUGAUAAUGCGACUCUCGAUCUUCUUGUCAGUCCCUUUUCUGCUCGUCAACGCUCUCAGCCCCGAGACGAUGAAUAUGUUUUCGGCGACUUGAGCACUCGACCGACCAAGCGACUAAAACUCUCCCGCACCAACGUCGAUCUUGAAGACGCCGAAUACUUGAAUAUUGCCGUUCAUGCCUGGAACAAGAAGAACGAUGGGUCUCCAGAUAUAGAUGGGCCAAUCCCAUUCAGCCUCAAAAUCAGAGCGGCCACCGGGCAGAUUGAAACAACGGAGGCCCAGCCUCCGGAACUGUCUCCGGACGAAGUGCGAUGCAAAAACUGUCACCAGGUGGUUCCCAAACGGACCCUUCCGCUGCACGAAGCAUUCUGCUAUAGAAACAAUAUUCUUUGCCCGAAAUGUUCAGGCGUGUUUCUCAAGAACUCCGAUGCGUGGAAGAAUCACUGGCACUGCGCUCAUGAUGACGGGCAUGGCAACGAUUUGGUUUCACGUCAGAAACAUGACUCGGUUUUCCACCCACAAGUUUUGUUUCAAUGUCCAAACUGCGAAUUUCAGGCUUCCGAUCUUCCCGCCUUGGCUCAUCAUCGUACGACGACUUGUCCGGGGAAAGAGAUUCUCUGCCAAUUUUGCCACCUGGUUGUCCCCCAGCAAGGCCCCGAAGAUGCUUCCUUCACGGACCCUGAGGUGCUGAUGUCGGGUCUGUCUCCCCACGAACUUGCAGACGGCGCACGUACAACAGAGUGCCAUCUCUGUAACAAGAUCGUUCGGCUACGAGACAUGAAGAUGCAUCUACUGCUUCACGAUCGGGAAAGGUUCUCCAGACGGAAGCCGAAGCUUUGCUCGAACCGGAUAUGUGGUCGGACUAUUAAACCCGAGGACGAGUCCCGGGUCCAGAAAGAGCAGCUUGGCCUAUGCAACGAGUGUUUUGGCCCGUUAUACGUGACUACCUACGACCCUGAUCAGAAGAUGCUGAGGCGGAGGAUCGAGCGAAGACUGUUGCAGCAGCUGAUAGGAGGCUGCGGCAAGUCUUGGUGUGGUAACGCAGAUUGCAAAACGGGAUAUAAGAAUCUGAAAGGCGAAGACAGAAUUGUGUCUGCUAAGGACGGUCUAGCCAUGGUGAAGCCGAUCAUCGACGAUAUCUCUCAUGGCAUUACCUCGUCGAUGGCCUUUUGCGUCGACGAAUCGAGUCAGUCACGGAGGACUCUCGCGGCCAUGUUAGCGGCCCAGGCUAAUUACGAGCUGGAAUGGUGCGUCAAAGCACUUGAAGACGAGAAAGGAGACCUUGACCGAGCCAGAGAGUGGCUUAAACACCGAGCUCCUCAUGUCGGCGAGGUGCUUCCUUGA